GAUUUAAGGCAUAUAUGGCAUCCUUGUUCUCAGAUGAAAGAUUACGAAGAUAUGGAUGCGUUAUUGAUAAAAAAAGCAAAUGGUAGUUAUAUUGAAAUGCAUAGUGGCAAAAAAAUUAUAGACGCAAUUUCAAGUUGGUGGUGUAAAUUACUUGGACAUAAUCACCCAUAUAUUAAAUCUAAAGUGAUUGAACAAAUUAAUAAAUUUGAACAUGUAAUUUUUGCUGGCACUACAAAUGAAAAAAUUGUGGAGCUAUCUGAAAGAUUAGCUGCUAGGAGUAGAAAUUUGCAAAAAGUGUUUUAUGUAGGUGAUGGUUCUUGUGCAGUAGAGGUUGCACUUAAAAUGAGUUUGCAUUCAAGAAAAAUUAAAAAACAGCAUAAAAAAAAUAAAUUUAUAGCACUUAAAAACGGUUAUCAUGGUGAAACAGUUGGCGCUCUUAGUGUGAGUGAUUUAGGUAUAUAUAAGAAUCCAUAUGAUAAUUUAUUAUUUGAUGUACAUUUAAUUUCAGAUAUCCCAUAUAUAAAUUCAAAAAAAGAUUUGUUAUGGGAUGAUUGCAGUAGUUAUUGGUAUAAAAUUCAAGAAAAAUUAGAAAAAAUUAAAAAUGAAGUUACGGCUAUUAUUUUUGAACCUAUUGUUCAAGGAGCUGAAGGAAUGAAAAUAUAUAGCAAAGAUUUUUUAGUUAAAUUAAGAAAAUGGGCAUCUGAAAAUGAGAUACAUUUAAUUGCCGAUGAAAUUAUGACCGGAAUCUGUAGAACUGGUAAGUUUUUUGCUUGUGAAUAUGCAGAUAUAGAGCCUGAUUUUAUGUGUUUAUCUAAAGGUUUAACAUCAGGCUGGAUACCGUUCAGUGCUGCUAUGAUUAAAGAUGAAAUAUAUGAUAUCUUUUACAAUGAUUAUUCUCCAGAAAACUCGUUCUUACAUUCUCAUACUUAUUGUGGUAAUCCUAUUGCAGUAAGUGCAGCAUUAGCAACAUUAGAUGUGAUUGAAAAUGAUAAUAUUUUAGCUAAAGUUGAUAUUUUAAGAAAGUAA